GUUUACAUAUACAACAUCCGCAAUAAAAAAAUGACUCAAAUAUAUUUUUUCCUUUUAGUUUUUCUCCUUAUUAAGUGUUGUUUAACCCUUGAAGAUGUUACCGACAAAAUAUUUGGUUCAAAACCACAUGGCUUCAUCUCAGCUUUUGGUGAUUUUAAUGCUGACAAGUACACAGACAUAUUUGUCAUAUCUGAAACAGGUAAUGCAGUGGAACUUUACUUAGCUGACAAUGAUAAAGAAUUUACACAAAAGACGCUUCUUGACAAUUCCACAUUCAAGUCAAGCAUUUCCAGUGUGGUUCCAGCAGACUUUGAUGGUGAUUUACAGAUGGAUGUCCUAGUAACGUUCAACGAGAAGGAAGAUGAUCGUUCUUUUGUAACAGGAAGAAUAUACUGGGGAGAUGGCGGUUCUCUCAGUAAAGAUGAAAAUUUGCAGUUAUCAAAAAUGACAGAUCAGCCUCUUGUGAUGGACUACAAUGCUGACAUGAUACCGGAUUUGUUUGGUGAGAGUGCAGAUGGGACAAGGCAGUUUUGGAUCAUGAGUGGUAGCAGAAACGUCACUGUGGUUAAAAUGGCUCUUCCUGAGGGAAAGGAGAAGUUUGACCCCCUGUGGAGCCCACAAACUAGUGCCUUUCUUGAUAUAAACAAUGACCUGACUGCAGAUAUGAUGGUUGUCUCGCAGGCUGGUGGAAUACCCCAAUUGGAAUACUGGAUAAAUAAGAAUGGAGUUUUGACUUGGGAUGGAAAAACAAUUCCAGUAAAGAUUGAAGGGAAAGAAAUUCAAGUCUAUGGGCAGAUAACUUUUGUAGAUCUAGACGGUGAUCUACGUGUGGACCCUCUUAUUCCGGUGUGUGAAGACAAGGAUUGUUCGAACAGCCUGCUGUUGGUUUAUAAUGGAGAAAAGUGGGUUAACCUUCCACUGGGUCUUGACUACAGUGGGGUUAAGUGGAACUUCUUACCUCCCGGGAAAUCUGGGGCCCCCAGUUUCAUCACUGUACCCCCGACAUUGAGGGUCGGGGAUUUCAACCUUGACAGUCACCCAGAUCUGAUAGCUGUACUGGGAAAUGCCACUGAGAAUUUACAUCGUGCAGUGUUGCUUUACAAUAAAGACUGUGAAGGGGAUUGUGGGGGAUUUUCCCGGAGAUUUGAGAUCCGCUGGGACACCUGGCUAGAGUCACAUGAUGUUCGUGCUCUGCUGCCAGCAUUCUACGAUGUCAGGGAUAGCGGUAUACUUGACAUUAUUGUUACAGCCCUUGACAGUAAGGACUCCCCAGUUAUACAAAUCAGGAAGCAGGAUUUUGUGGAUGACGCCUGCUUUGUAAAGGUCACAGUGGUCAGUGGAAGGUGUGACUACGACUGUCCAGGUGACAGAAAGCCGUAUGGUGUGAAUCAGCCAGGUCCAACAAUACGGUACAAGACCUUGGAUGUAAAGGGAGACACUCAACAGAAAGUUGCGUUCCAGCUGUCUCAAUCAGCCUACCUCCCUCUGCAGCUGCCCUAUACUGUGUUUGGGCUUGGGCAAACGCCGAACUUUGUAGACAGUUUAUGGGUGGGCAUACCUACUAAUACAUCGUCAGCCCUUAACAGAGAAUGGCAGUCGGUGAUCCCUAAUUCACAGUUACUCAUUAUUCCCCACCCUAUACAUGAUCCCUCUGGGUGGACAAGCAAGUUGUUUGUGAUGCCGAGUCGUCUGAUGUUGCUCACGGGAGCUGCACUGUUGGGGACGUGUGGCUUCAUUGCGGGUCUUGUUGCUGUCUUACACUGGAGAGAUAAGGUCGAGGACAAGAAAGAGAAACGCCAAGAAGCUCAAAAAUUCCACUUUGAUGCCAUGUAGCCUCCCAAAACCAAACUGUGCAAUACAUUCCUAGUGCUGUGAUAGGCUCACAUUUUGUUUUUGUGAGAAAAUGUUCUUUUGUUGUUUAGGUUUAAAUGCUAAGGAAGUUCAAGGUUUAUUUGUUGUAUUUAAAACUAAGAAAUACAUUUCUUUGAUACUGUUACAAGUUCUAGCCUUUUUGUUGUUUGUUUGAAAUGGUUUAGUGCUCAUAAUAAUAUUGUUUGAAAAUUGUCAUUGUAUUUGAAAGUUGUAAUCAUGUUUGAAUGUUGAUGGGUUAUGAAUGGAUUUUUUUUAUAAUUAUUCAAUGCUCUGAUAAAAUUUAAAUCCAGGAGAAAUCCCAAAUGAUAUUCAACAAAAGUAUUUUCUAUGCAAUAUGCUUGUCAAAAUAUGAUUGUUUCUUCUUAACGAUUUUCUGUGAAAAGGAAUCUCACUCUUCAUAUCUUUUGAAAAAAGGAUUGCUUUAAGCAGUUACCAUGCUCGUCAUUUGUAUUUUAGCAUUCUUUCAUGUUUAAUGUAUAAGUUUGUUGACAUUGUGAACAUAUGAUAUGCGAUUGUUCUUAUUUAAUAAAUGAAUAAAAUGUUAAGCCUA